ACCUGGAAUCUGAGGUGAGCAAAACGCAGAAGAAAGAAAGGGGAAGAGAGAGAGAGAAAGAAGAAGGGGAUGGGGGUGGACUACUACAAGAUUCUUCAAGUAGAUAGAAGCGCCAAAGACGAUGACUUAAAGAAAGCUUAUCGAAAACUCGCUAUGAAAUGGCAUCCUGACAAAAACCCUAACAACAAGAAAGAGGCCGAGGCCAAAUUCAAGCAAAUCUCCGAGGCCUAUGACGUUUUGAGUGAUCCACAGAAGAGGGCGGUGUAUGAUCAAUACGGAGAGGAGGGGCUCAAGGGCCAGGUGCCGCCUCCGGGUGCCGGUGGGUUUUCCGGCGGGUCGGAUGGAGGUCCAACGAUGUUCCGGUUCAAUCCGAGGAGUGCCGACGAUAUAUUUUCAGAGUUUUUCGGGUUUUCGAGUCCGUUCGGAGACAUGGGCGGGUCGCGAGCCGGCGGGUCGGGAUUUCCGAGAGGCAUGUUCAGUGAAGAUUUCUUUUCUUCGUUCAGGGGCGGUGCCGGGGAGGCUUCCUCGGCGACUAUGCCGCGGAAAGGGGCGCCGAUAGAGCGGGCAUUACCGUGUAGCUUGGACGAUUUAUAUAAGGGAACUAGUAAGAAGAUGAAGAUUUCGAGGGAUGUUAUUGAUCACUUUGGGAGAACCACAACAACAGAAGAAAUCCUUACUAUUGAGAUCAAGCCAGGUUGGAAGAAGGGGACAAAAAUCACUUUCCCAGAAAAGGGAAAUGAGCAGCGUGGUAUUGUACCCUCAGAUCUCAUCUUUAUAAUCGAUGAGAAGCCUCACCUUGUAUUCAAGAGGGAUGGCAAUGAUCUUAUUUUCACCCAGAAGAUAUCUCUCGUGGAAGCUCUAACAGGUUACACAGUACAAGUUACUACUCUUGAUGGGAGGACUCUGACGAUCCCCAUCAACUCGAUCAUCAGUCCCACCUAUGAGGAAGUUGUUAAAGGGGAGGGGAUGCCCAUCCCCAAGGAACCCUCCAAAAAAGGUAACUUGAGAAUUAAGUUCAACAUCAAAUUCCCCGCCAGGCUUACUUCGGAGCAGAAAACUGGCAUUAAGAGGUUGUUAACGUCGUAAAAACACAGGCGGUACCACCUCUCAUUACCAUAGCUUGUGUAAGCUUUCAUUUGUUUUUCUUGCUGUAUGUUACAUUGGAAAGGAAAUUCAUACAUUUCCGAGUUGAGGAUUUCAUCAGAGUUGUAAUUUAGGAGCUGAAUAUUUGUUUUUCAUGUUUGUGCCCCUUCCCCAGGGCUCUUUUUCAGUCUUCCAUCCUCGUUUGCUUGUACCAAACUGCUUGUGGCAGCUGACAAAUAUUUAAGUGACACCUAACCUCACAUA